AUGUGGCUCGAAAAGCUUGUGCUGGUGUACUUGCUCACCCUGUUCAACUCACUGGAUGGAUACUUUCUGGAUAAUCAUCACCUGCAGAGCAAUGGCCGCCAUCGAAGGAAAGAUUCCAACGAGGCGAAGGCAGCGCACAGAAACUCAUUAGGUCCAUUACAAAGUCAAUUUAUUACUAAGAAUAACACUAGAGUAAUUAGUCAACGAGGAGGCCUAGCGGUGCUGCCCUGCAGCGUCACCAUGACAACACCAGCCACUGUGUCCUGGUUCCGGCGGAAAGACUACCAGCUGCUGACGGUCGGCCUUUCCACGUACAGUAGCGACGAUCGGUUCCUGGUCGAGCAUACGCGCCAUCUCGGCAACUGGGCGCUGCGGAUAAAGAACGCCCGAAAGGAGGACGAAGGACUGUACGAGUGCCAAAUAUCCACCCAUCCACCCCAGUCGAUAUUCAUCGAGCUUAGGAUCGUCGAGGCGGUCGCAGAAAUUCUCGAAUCGCCCGAUUUGCAUAUAGACGAAGGAUCGACACUGCGACUGGAAUGCAAACUGAAACGUGCCACCGAAAGUCCGCUUUACGUCUUUUGGUAUCACGAAGAUCGGAUGGUGAACUACGAUCAGGAGGAUGGCGUGUCCGUGUCGAACAAUAAGCUAGCCUCCAGCAUCCUGUCGGUGCGGAAUGCGACGGCCCGGCACGGCGGCAACUACACCUGUGCUCCGGCCAACGCGCGCCAAUCGAGUAUUUACGUGCACGUGCUGAAAGGUGAAAAGCCAGCCGCAAUGCAUCGCAAUCCAAACGAGAACCCGACGGCAACGUCCGGUGCCAGUGCGACACUGUCACUGACCACCGCAUAUCGGUGCGGUUGGUUACGGCCGGCAGAGGGCAGCACGCUGUGCUGUCUGACGCUGGUUAGCUUGCUUCCUGCCACGAUCAGUCUCAUCACGCUGCUGACAUGCUGGUCGGCACCGUUCGGGAGGGCGCCUGGCACCACCAUCCCGUUGCCAUCCCGACCGAUGGGAGACAAACGACGGCACGAGCCUUACCACGACGCCAGGCGUUCCGGCCGCACCGUACUGCACUGUAUACUAACCGUUCUGCUACACUCCGUUAAGACUAUCUUCAGCAAAAGUAUUAAACUGUUCGAUGUAGUUUAA